UUUUUUUUUUUUUUGGUUCUUGUUGGUUUGGUGUCCUCUCUUGAGUUCAAUUCCCAGUGAGUGUUUUUUUAUACAUCCACCGCCUUUUUUGCCUUUUGCAUCAUUUGCAACAACAACGACACACAACACCAACAACAAAAAAAAGCGGAGCAUAGUGAAGUGAAAUAAUAUGCCAGCCAGUGGCUGCGCAGUAAAAAUUACCCACCAGACCCACUGGGGUAUGGAUUCGGUUUCCGAAUAAAAUAAAGUACACAGAGUGUCCCCCUUGAGCCCCUUCAAACCCGGCUCUCGUUCAGAAAAAUACCUACAGAAAAAAAAACAACAACAACAAAAAACAAAUCGAAAAUUAUCAUCAUUAUCAUCCGUCGUCGUUGUCGCUCUCUUUCUUCCUUUGAAUUUCGUUCGGAUAUUUCGGAAAAAGGUACAAAAAAAAAAUUAAACACACUAAAAACAGACAGAGAGAGAAGAUAUAUAUAUUUGCGUGCUCGCUUACUCUCUUGAUCUCUCUCAUCAUUAUCAUAAAGUCUCUUCGUGAGAAAUCGUCAAGAAAAAGACGACGCGAAAUAAAAAGGGUAUAAUAUUCGCACACCCUUUGGCCCCCUUUUUUUUGUGCUCGUUAUUUAACCCUUUGCUAUAACCUCUUCCGACGACAAGAGAAGCAGCGCAGCGCCCCCGCGCGUUUAAUGAAAAGAAGCUUGCUUCUUUUUUUUUUUUUUGUCUUAAUUGGAACCUAAUUUUGUGGAUAACUUUUUUUUAACCUACCAAAACCCUGCAGGGUAUUUCCUAUGGGCUAAUCAAAAAAAGAAAAGAAUGAAACAAAAAAAACUAACUUGAAAAUUGAUGGGAUUUCAUUAAAAAAAAAAAGAAAUUUUUGACAGAAAGUAAAGUAACCAAACAGCCCCAAAAAAAAGGAUUACAAAUUUUCGUUUAUUUUUUAAUGUGGAUUAUCAAUUGCGAUUAAUUAUCGUAUCUAAAAAGUAUUAAAAUGAACGGUUUGGCCCAAGGGCCGGGGCCCUGUGUCUCCCGCCACCUGUUAGGAUUUAUCAACACCAACAUUCUUACUACUUCAACUCAACUCUGUGCUGAAAGUCAUUUAUUAUCAAAAUUACAUAAAAAUUUAACUUCUCGAUCAUCUCAAUUGAUUAAUAAUACUGUUAAUUUUAAAUAUUUCGCAUUGUUGUCGUUUCACUUGGAAAGUAAUAUUAAAAAUAUAACAACUGAGCAAUUAGUAGUCAACGACGACGAAGUGUUGAGUUUUGUGGGCCCGCAUUGUGCGGCAGCCCCAUCUUUUUCGUCUGCAUGGAGUCAAUGAGACGUAGUGAGGCGAAUAGUAGCCACCACCCGAAUAAGGUGGCCGUUAACAGCUUAGCAACGGAAAGCAAUAAACAAUCGAGUGGUAGUGGUUCAUCACAAUUGAACAAUAAUAAUAAAUUGAAUUAUAAUUCUGCAACAGCAGCAGUUGUUGCGUCGAACACAACAGCAGCAUCAAAUGUAAAACAAGCAAAUAGUAUAUCAAAUACUACGUGUACUAAAUCAAGCAAUAAUAUAUUAAUAUCAGCGUCACCAACGACGCUUAAUCAACAAGGGGUAAACGCUACUGAACAAAUUACAUCCCUUUCCUCGCAAUCAUCAACGUCUACAACGUCCUCGUCAUCAGGGUCGUCAUCGUCGUCGUCAUCGACGUCAUCAUCGUCAAUUUCAUCGUCGACCUCAUCAACCUCAUCGUCAGGGGCUUCCUCAUCCGCAUCAAGUAGCGAAUCAAAAGAUACUAAUUUCGAAUACGAAGACGAGUGGGACGUUUGUGGAAUACCAGAAUUAAUAAUUGACUUGGACGCUGACAUUGAAAAGUCUUCAUCGACCGCAGAAGCGGCCGCAGCAGUAGCUUCUAGUAGUUCUUCGGGUGGUGGUGGCGGCAGUAGUGGUGUUGUAACAUCCACUGCUUCCACAAAUAAUUUAACGUCGACAACGGUAGUGGUAGCAGGAGCAGCAUCAACAGCAACAGCAGGUCAAUUAAAUGCAACAGCGAAAUCACCUGGUGCUGCCUUAUCAUCUUCGUCAAGUUCGUCUUCAUUAUCAACAACUACAUCCGCUAACAGCGCAGCAUUGUCAGCUUCAUCGUCAUCCCCAUCGUCGGUGUUCCCACCGCAGUUGGGAAAACAAAACAGUACCCUGUCCCAAUUGCGGAAUACCCUUAUCAGUGGAUCGGGCAAGGAGAAGAAAUCCACAAAUAGUGGUAGCAAAAGUCUGAAGCUGCAGCAACCAUCGCUGGUGGCACAGCUCAAUAGUAAGUCACUCGGCGGCGGCGGCGGAGGCAGCGGAGGAGGAGCAGGUAGUUCUUCCACCUCGCUAGCCACCUCGACAUUUGCCGGAUUCUCCAAAGGCGGGAAUCUGGUAAAUCAGUCAGCCGGAGCAGGCGUUAAUACUACUUUUGGUGGCCCGAAAAGCAGCAGCAACAAGCCAUCAUCGAUUGCCGGAUCGUCGCAAUCUCUGCUGCAAGCACAAGCGACGAACAGCAUGUCAUCACAGCCGAGCGGUGGACAAGGUGCUGGAAAAUCAGCCACAAAAAUGUCAAUAGACCAUCAAGCUACAUUGGACAAAGGAUUAAAAAUGAAAAUCAAACGAACCAAACCCGGUACAAAAACCUCAGAGGCAAAACACGAAAUUGUCAAGGCCGAACAACAAAACGGUAAUACAUCUAAUUUAGAAGACGCCUCCCCAGGAGGCAACAAUUCCACAUCUCAGUCAUCCUCCUCCUCAUCGUCGUCAUCCUCAUCGUCUUCCUCGUCGUCGUCGUCUGGCAAAAAGCACAGCGGCAGCGGUGGUGGUAAUAAUCAAAAUAAUAGCAACGCUACAAGUGGAGGAGGCGUUGGUGGAAGUGGCAGCAGUGGCUCUGGAAAUCAGAGCAAUCCUUCAUCUUCAGGGCAAAUGGUGCCUGCACAGCAGGGCACUAAGCGCGGAAGCAGCGGUCAUCGUCGCGAAAAGACAAAAGACAAGACUCCACACUCCCGGGACAAGUCUGACCAUGGCAGUGGUAAUGGAAGUGGCAGCGGUAAUGCCAAUAACUCAUCGAACUCUCACAGCAGCAAUUCGACCAAUGAGCGGUCAUCUAACUCAGCGUCUGCGACAUUAUUGUCUGCAGGGGCAAACUCAUCUUCAAGCACACUUGGUGGAGGAUCUAAUUCAGGAUCAUCCUGCAAUUGUGGCCAUGAAAUAGGUGGUGGAGGAAAUCUCCAAGGGCCAUGCACAAAUCUGACCUGCAUUCGCAACCGAACCAGCAGUUUGGAUGCACUUGGUCAGAGAAUGAGCACCAACAAUGGGAAUAGCUCGAAUUCCCAUGGUGGCAACAAUGGUUCAACAACCAGUUCAAAUAUUCCGCCUGGAGUGUUUACCCCCUCGACGAACAGUAGCACUGGCAAUGUCCAGUCAUCGAACAGUGGCUCCCCGAACGCCCCUGGGCCGCCAAAGGACAGUACAAAGAUGUCAUCCGCAGGCCUUCUGACUGCGAGCAAUUCCCAGCUAUCGAAUUCUGCUUCAGUAUCAGUGGGAACAUCUUCCUAUAGCAAUUCGGCUGCACAAACAAAUGCCAGCGGAAACAGUGGCACUAGUUCCGUUGGCAAUCCCGGCGCCAUCGCCAAGGCCAUGUCAGCGACGGCGCCCGGCAUGAUCUCAGCCACAGUUCACCACACGAUUUCGGUACCCGUUAACUCAGCAGCAGCUGCUGCCGCAACCGAUGACGGGACCAAGAGUCCUCCGGCAAAACGUGCCAAAUGCGACAACAAGGACAUGAUCGAUAUUUGUGUGGGAACUUCUGUUGGCACGAUCACCGAACCGGACUGUCUGGGUCCGUGUGAACCAGGCACAUCGGUUACUCUCGAAGGAAUUGUCUGGCAUGAGACAGAAGGUGGCGUUCUCGUAGUGAAUGUCACUUGGCGUGGCAAGACUUAUGUCGGCACACUGUUGGAUUGCACCAGACACGAUUGGGCUCCUCCAAGAUUCUGUGAUUCACCAACUGAAGAGCUUGACUCACGCACUCCAAAAGGUCGUGGCAAGCGCGGACGCAGUUCAGUCCUUGCUCCGGAUCUCAGCAACUUCACCGAGACUCGAAGCUCUGUUCAUUCCAAACUUCGCAAUGGCGGUUCCAAAGGUCGUGGCGGUCGUGCAGUCACAACAGCUGGUGCUGCAUCAACCACCAACACCACAACCAACAGCACCGCAUCCUCAUCGACAUCGUCGUCCGCAUCGUCGACGUCGUCAUCAUCGAACGCUAACUCCACCAACACGCCAUCGACCUCGCCGACGGCAUUCCUGCCGCCGCGGCCAGAGAAGCUCAAAUCCAAAGACGAGAGUCCAUCCCCAGUGAAUGGCGACUCUGCUGCAAGUGGGGCUAAUGGUGCUUCGGGCGGCACAAGUGGCAAUGGCGCCAUUCCUAUUUUGGCCAAUGCCAGUGGAAUUCAAACGCCUGCAUUAAGCGCCGGUUUAUUGGGUGCACAGCCCCAGAGUCUUGUCAAUCCCGUUACCGGAUUGAAUGUUCAAAUCUCCACGAAGAAAUGUAAGACUGCGUCGCCGUGCGCGAUCUCACCGGUAUUGCUAGAGUGUCCGGAACAAGACUGCAGCAAAAAGUUCAAGCACGCCAAUGGUCUGCGCUAUCAUCAGAGCCAUGCCCAUGGAUCCGGAUCGAUGGAUGAGGACUCGUUGCAGUUGCCAGAGUCACCGGUGCGUUCGGCACCGCCGACAACCCCAUCACCAGCUCCAGCUGGUACUCCUCAGCCACCGGCUACACCAACAGCGGCAAUAGCUACAGACGCUCCCGAAGUUACCCCAACGGCUACGCCAGUUGUUGCCCCGCCAACACCAACCAGUGUGGUUCAUCCUUCGACACCAACGGCGACGGUGGCGCCACCAUCGCCAGUGGCAGUUGUUCCCUCAACGCCACCAACUGCUUCGCAAGUACAGACGCCGCAGCCAACCUUGUCAGCGGCGCCGGUCUCGGUAGCUCCCGCAAGUACUGUUCCAGCAGCUUCACCCAUUAUAAGUGUCCCAUCAGUUCCAGCACCAGUGGCUUCGGUCAGCAUCAGUGGUAGUGGUAUCCUCAGUGCAGUGCAGACUCCUGCGCCAUCUAUUGGUGUUGUUCCGAAUCAAACACUUUCCGGUUUGCCUCCGAUUUCGCAGUUGCCUCCACAGCACGCGAUUCCUGGAGGCAGUAUCACUGCCGGUAUUUCAGGACAGGCACUAUCUCAACACCAACAACAUUCAAUUGUUAAUCAAAUUAUGAAUGAGAUUGUGCAGCCACAGCAGCCAUCGCCUCAGCAACAACAACAAAUGCAUUCUGGACCACUGAAACCAGGAGUUCUUCGAUUCGGUCCUCAGACAGAAAGUGCUCAGGGCAAUCCAAUUACACUGCCAGGGCAGAGUCCACUCAGACCUACGCCAGCUGCUGCAAUGGCACCACAAUCCCGACCUCCGGGCACUCCAGAGACAGCACAUCAACCAGUUGGAUAUCCUGGUGCUCCUCCUCAAGCAUCACAACAAGGCAUUCCAUUGGGCAAAACCCAGCAGCCAUUUGGCAAGCAAAAGAAAAAUCGCAAAUCACCGCUUCCAGGCGACUUUGAUAAUUCCAUGUCACGCGACGAUGUACAAAGUCCGGCCUACAGUGAUAUAUCUGAUGAUUCUACGCCGGUUGUAGACACAGAAAUGAUUGACAAAUCUCAAGCUCCCAAGCACGUUGUUGAUAUUAAGAAACCUCAAGAAGGUGCACCUCCUCCAAUUCCACCUCUAAGUAACUAUGGAAUGUAUCAGUUCUACCCACAACAGCAAUAUUUGGUGCCCUCAGAGCAUCAACAAGUAAAGGGUCCCCAUGGUGCACCUGGCCAACCACCAUCGGUUAUACCCCAAUCACCGCAGAUUGAAUAUACUAAGAAUAAGGAUCCACCGCUAGAUUUAAUGACGAAGCCCUCGCCACAACAGCAACAACAACAGCAGCAACAACAGCAGCAGCAACAUCAACAGCAGCUUCAACAACAGCAGCAGCAACAACAGCAACAACAACACCAACAACAGCAGCAACAGCAGGAGCAAAAUAUCAAAGAAAGUGUCCAGAAUGUUGGAUCUGGAUUGGGUUUGGCCAGCAGUGGUCCAAAUCCAGUAUCAAGUAGUUCUGCAUCUGGAGGUGGCGCACCCGGUUCGUUGCCUAAUCCUUCGCCAGCUAAACCAAUGACGCACUUUUAUCCUUUCAACUACAUGGCGCCAGGGUAUCCUUAUAAUGUUGAGCCAAAUUAUGGUCCGGUGUCAAUGGUCUCUGAUGAAAACAAACUCGGUCAUGCUCUGCAAAAUCCUCCACCAACUUUGAAAGACGAUCGCAUCAAGGAGAGUCAAAGUCCUCACGAGAAUGCCAAAUUGUCAACACAGAUGAUAUCAUCAAAGUUGAUCAAGAGCGAACCAACGACGAAGGAGAUCAAACAGGAACCCAACAGUCAUCCAAUGCAUCCCAAAGAUCCUCCAGUCCAAUCGAUGGGUGGCUAUCCAAGUAUGUACCAGCGACAGCAGCUUAGUAUGCCACAUCAGCAUUCACCGCAUCUUGCACAGAAUGAAGAGCUACGAAGGUAUUAUAUCUUCUCGGAGCAACGACGCAACAAUUUUCUGCAACAAGUACAGUCUGGGUCACAUCAACAGCCACCUGGCUCACAAAUGAAGCCCGAAGACUUGCCAAUGUCGGCACAACAACAACAGCAACUGAGCCACCAGCAAUCGCAGCAAAUGCAAGCUCAGCAGCAAGCCCAACAACAGGCUCAGCAGCAAGCUCAACAACAGGCUCAACAACAAGCCCAACAGCAAGCUGCUCAACAACAAGCACAGCAACAAGCUCAACAACAAGCCCAACAGCAAGCUCAGCAACAGCAGCAACAACAGCAGCAGCAGCAACAACAACAUCAACAACAACAACAGCAGCAGCAUCAACAACAACAGCAGCAACAACAACAAAACUCGAGCAGUCAGAAGAGUUCAAAAUCGAGCUCGUCCUCGGGCUCAAUGGGACAAAAGGCAACCAAUCUUAUAAAGGAUUCAAUCAAAGAAGAAAAGGAUGUAAAAAUCAAACAAGAAGGCCAAAAGCCAACAAUGGAAACUCAGGGGCCCCCACCUCCGCCAACUUCCCAAUACUUCUUGCAUCCAUCGUACAUCAGUCCGAGUCCUUUUGGAUUUGAUCCAAGCCACCCGAUGUAUCGCAAUGUGCUGAUGUCAACACCAUACAACACACCACCGUAUCACCUGCCCAUGGCGCGCUAUCAUGCUCCCGAAGAUCUCUCCCGAAACCCCGGUACUAAGGCCUUGGAUGCAUUGCAUCAUGCCGCUAGCCAGUAUUACACAACCCAUAAGAUUCACGAGUUGAGUGAGCGUGCUCUCAAGAGUCCAACAAGUGGCAAUGUCAAAGUCAGUGUUUCUAGUCCGAAUGUUUCGCAACAAGGCGGCGGCGGUGGAGGCGUUGGAGGUGGUGGUAGCGGUUUGCCACCCGGAGGCCCAGGAGGGCCAGUCAAUAUGGGGCCAUCGCCCGGCAAUAAUCCCGUGACAGGGGGACCCAAUUCUGGACUUGGGAUACCGUCAACAAAUCCGUCGGGUCCAUUAAACCUACAACCACCCUCAAACUCAAUGCCUCCAGGCCUGAGUGGUGGUGGUGGCCUGGGACCGCCACAAAAAGGUGAUAACAACAAAUCAAUGGUGGUUGAUCCGCUGCUGGCCAAACAGCAGCAGGGACCUGGCGGUGUGGCUGGAAUACCUGGCAGUGGCAGUGUUAAUCCAGCUGAUAGUCGAAGUCCGCCACCCCAGAGACAUGUGCACACACACCAUCAUACGCACGUUGGACUUGGCUAUCCUAUGUAUCCGGCGCCCUAUGGAGCUGCCGUUUUAGCUAGCCAACAGGCUGCCGCCGUAGCUGUGAUAAACCCAUUCCCGCCUGGACCUACUAAAUGAGAUCAGCUAAGUGAUAAGAAUCCAUACAUGAAGUAAAUAACACCACACAUGUUUCACCAAUAAAUAUAAAUUUAUAAUUGGUGAUGCAAAACUUCAUUGAAGGUUCUUAUCAUGCGAACAAAAUAUAACAACAAAACACCAACAACAAACAUAAAAUUAGAUCAGACACACAAAGUAACCACAACAGAAUGGUUGCAAUCCAUUUGGGAAAUGAUAUAAUUGUUUUAUUUUUAUUUUUUUAACUAUUAUUAUUUUAUUUUUAAUUUUUGACUGUAAUUGUGAAUAAUAAUUAAUACAAAAAAAAAAAACUAUUUUAUAAGGAAAAGUAAGUAAAUUAACAAACAAAACAAAAAAAUAUAAAAUAAACUUGUAACUCGGAGAGAGCUUUAUACAAUUCAAUGCAAACACAAAAUAAAAUAAAAUACAUUUUCUAAAUAUAUAUAAAAAAUAUAAAUGUUGUAGGAAUUGAAUUAAAAAAAUAAUAAUAUUUGAAACUACAUUAAACAAAUACAUAAUAAUAAUGUUUUCUCCUUUUUACUUACAUUAUAAAAAAAAAACAAAAGAAAAACUAAAAA